AUGCAUUUCUCUCUGUCAUUAUUGAGUACUGUUCCACGGAAUAUAUAUAUAGCAAAUUUCAAACAAAUUAUCUAUCUAUCUAUCUAUCUAUCUAUCUAUCUAUCUAUUAUUACUAUAAACAUUCCGAGGGUGAUGCACGAGACACAUGCAACGACCCUAUCUAUCUAUCUAUCUAUCUAUCUAUCUAUCUAUCUAUCUAUCUAUCUAUCUAUGAUCAUAUUCCUUUCCUUAUCUAUCUAUCUAUCUAUCUAUCUAUCUAUCUAUCUAUCUAUCUAUCUAUAUACAUAUAUCUAUAUAUCUAUAUCUAUAAAUAUCUAUCUAUCUAUCUAUCUAUCUAUCUAUCUAUCUAUCUAUCUAUCUAUCUAUAUAUAUAUAUAUAUAUAUAUAUGUUUUGUUCGUAUCUAUCUAUCUAUCUAUCUAUCUAUCUAUCUAUCUAUCUAUCUGUCUCACACGUGUACACGCCUGCUUAUAUUUGGCCAUUUCAUUUAUCCACUCUACAACUAUCUAUCUAUCUAUCUAUCUAUCUAUCUAUCUAUCUAUCUGAUUUUAUUAUCAAUAUUAUCAUUUUUCGUUGUUGUCGAAUUUCUCACACCCGACUCUCUGUCUAUCUAUCUAUCUAUCUAUCUAUCUAUCUAUCUAUCUAUCUAUCUCACUUUGUUCAUAUCUAUCUAUCUAUCUAUCUCACUUUGUUCAUAUCUAUCUAUCUAUCUAUCUAUUCUAUCUAUCUAUCUAUCUAUCUAUUUUCAGUAUCUCAUUCUGUUCAUAUCUAUCUCUGACCAUUAUCUGACUGUCUAUUUAUCUAUCUCAUUUUGUUCAUAUCUAUCUAUCUAUCUAUCUAUCUAUCUAUCUAUCUAUCUAUCUAUCUAUCUAAUUUUGUUCAUAUCUAUCUAUCUAUCUAUCUAUCAGUAUUCCGAUGGAAAAAAUUCGCAACAUUUUCUCAACCAGCUGUUCUUAUUAUCAAUAUCAUUAUCUUUCGUUGUAUUUUUGUAUUUUUGUAUUUGUCGAAUUUCUCACAAACAAAAUAUCUAUCUAUCUAUCUAUCUAUCUAUCUAUCUAUCUAUCUAUCUAUCUAUCUUCAUUAUCUAUCUAUCUAAUUUUAGAUUGAGCACAAAUUUUAUCUAUCUAUCUAUCUAUCUAUCUAUCUAUCUAUCUAUCUAUCUAUCUAUCUAUCUAUCUAUCCUAGAGUGUACAUUAUCUAUCUAUCUCAGUCUGUACAUAUCUAUCUAUCUAUCUAUCUUAGAGUGUACAUUAUCUAUCUCAGUCUGUACAUAUCUAUCUAUCAUAUAUAGAGCUAACAUUAUCUAUCCCAGUCUGUACACAUUCAUAUCUAUCUAUCUAUAUAUCUAUCUAUCUAUCCAUCUAUCUAUCUAUCUAUCUAUCUAUCUAUCUUUUCCAUCUAUCUAUCUAUCUAUCUAUUAUUCAUUCAUCUAUCUAUCUAUCUAUCUAUCUAUCCCAGAGUUUACAUUUUCUAUCUAUCUCAUGUCUGUAUAUUUUCAUUAUCUAUUCAUUCAUUCAUCUCAUAUUUAUCUAUCUAUCUAUAUCUAUAUAUCCCAUAUAAUAUAUAUCAUUCUAUCUAUAUUAUAUUUAUUUUUCAUUCAUUAUCUAUCUAUCCUAUCAACCAUGAUCUAUUCAUCUAUCAAAAGUGCACAUUAUCUAUCUAUCUUAAAUCUGAAUCUAUCAAAAGAUAUUCUUCAUUUCUCAUCUAUUUCAUCUGGAAUGAUCAUUAUCCAUCUAUUAUAUCUAUAUCUAUUCCCUAUCUCAAAAUGCAAUGAUUAUCUAUCUAUCUUAGUCUGUCUAUCUAUCUAUCUAUCAUCUAUCUAUCUAUCUAUUAUCUAUCUUUUCAUCUGUUAUAUCUCAAGUGUUAUCUAUCUAUUCUCAGUCUGUAUAAAAUAUAUCAUAGAAUAA